CCCAAAUUUCUUUUCCCAUCCCUUUGACAGAGAACACGAAUUUAUGUGAAUGUGGAUUUUAAUUAAUUUAUAACAUAAACGUGUAUGAUAAAAUAGAGAUUUUAUCCUCGCUGGUCAGUCACGGUUUAGCCGACAAAGACAAAAACACAAAAUGUUUUCAACUGGAACACUAAUCGGUCUACUUCUGCUGAGCACCUGCUCGGCACUCUAUGAGGACCAGAUUAAAAAAUUUGACUGGCGUGCCUUGAAUGUGGGAGCACUGAAGCAUGUUCACAUCGAUUUGAAUAAUUUCCAGCCCCGCUUAUUGGUCAGCACCGAAGAGCAAGUGGUUGCCUCAAUAUGUCCCAAGACUGGCGCCUUGGUGUGGCGACAAGUGCUCGAAAAGAAACCUCGCGGGGAUAUCAAAUUGCUGCAAGUGAGCGGCUUUUCUGAUGAUUCCAGUGACACCGCCGCUGCUCCAGUGGGCACAACUUUGGGAUUCGAUAUGCUCACCGUUCAAGGGCAUGCGCCCGCUUUGGUGCGUGGUUGGAACAGCAAUAUCGGCACUAUCGAAUGGGAAUGGUCCAUUUUUCCAUUGAACACUGAGAAAGCCGAGGAUGCCGUUUGGUUCUACAGCAAUUCCGUUCUCUAUCAUGUGGUACCAGCCUGGCAGAGUCAUCUCGAGGUUACGGCCUAUUUCGCCACAUCGGGGCACUCAACGGGUAGUACUAGUAAAAUAAUGGCUGCCUGGAUUAGUCCAGAAAGCUGCGCCCUAGCUGGCACAUAUUUUGUUUGCAUUUCGGAGGGUAAACAACUAAUUAGUCUGGAUUUGGUGGCCAAGAGUACCCAAGUGAUCAGGACAACGCUUGAGGAGCAGCAACAACAAGUUGUGGGCAAACCUAAAGCCCUCUUGGGCUUAAAUGGCGUUGUUAUUGUAAAUGGCAAACUUGUGAGUGUUAAUAAAGAUCAAGCCAUUUGUAGUGGACUACAAGGCUCCAGUUUUGCUGUCGGUAGCUUUAAUUAUCGCAAGGUUUUGGCCUAUGCUGAUUUGAACGAUAAGAAUCUCGCCAUAAAUGCUGUCUAUUUGGAUAAUUGUUCACCUGUUCCUGAGCUUCAACAAAGUCUUGAAUUACCCGCACAUUUCGGUACACCAAGUCUCAAAAACUUUGACUGCAAACUGAAACGGAAUGGAGACGGCAAAAGUUGUGUAUUUUUGUUUAGCACCAAUACCGAGUCCAUUGUGGCCAUUCAGCAGGGACGCAUCCGUUGGUCGAGAGAAGAGGCCUUGGCCAAUGUUAUUGCAUCAGAGUUUAUGGAUUUGCCUUUGGCUGACUCUGAGGGCACACUGGAGAAUGAAAUGAAGGGCAAAGCCGUGGAUUCCAAAAGUUUUGAGCGAGAUAUUGCUAGCGCUUUUUUGCGUCGCAUAACCGCACAGGCCGUACAAAUUCGUAGUCUUUUCCUGCAUGUCAUUGGCCUGGGACCGCCACCCAGUGAUACCCAGCGAGCUGGCCUAAUUCGUGAUUCUUUUGGCCUACACAAAAUGCUUGUUCUGCUCACAAAGUCUGGCAAAAUCUUUGGCGUUGACAACAUUUCGGGCAAACAUCAUUGGCAGCUGUUUUUGCCAAAUGUUCAGGGCUUCGAUAAUGCCGAAGAGAUGCGUUUGAUUGUUCAGCGCAGCUCCAAACAUUUUCCACUACAGCCCUUGUGCACUAUUGUGGCCAAAGAUGCGAAAACUGGAAAUGGUGUCCUAUAUCGCUUCAAUCCCAUCACUGGACAAGCCUCUGAGGGUGGCCAAUUGCAGUUGGAUUACAAAAUUAAGCAACUUUCUCUAUUGCCCGAAACCGAACAGGACUUUGUUAAGGCCAUUUUGAUAUUGGACUCGUCGAACAAAGUUCAUGUGCAGCCCAAACAUGCUGAACCUUUGGCCAAUGGCAUUUAUUUGUAUACAGCCGAUGUAAAAACUGCCGAACUGGAGGGUUACUUUGUGAAAUAUGCGGGCGAUCAAUUGUCAUGCACUCACAUUUGGAAUGUCCGCUUGGGCGGUCAUACCUCAGAGCAACAGAUCAUUGGAGUUGCUGGCAAGAACCCCAUCGAACAUGUCCACUCGCAGGGUCGUGUAUUGGGCGAUCGUUCGGUUCUCUACAAAUAUAUCAAUCCAAAUUUAGUGGCUUUUGUCACUCAGUCUCCAGAUGCCACACACAAAUCCAUUCUAAAUUUAUAUCUAAUUGAUGUUGUCUCGGGUUCUGUGAUCUUCUCAAUGACCCAUCGCAAGGUGCGUGCUCCAUUGCAUAUUGUGCACUCUGAAAAUUGGUUGGCCUAUUCCUACUUUAAUGAAAAAGUUCGUCGCACAGAGAUUACCACCAUUGAGCUGUACGAGGGCAAAACACAGGCGAAUGGCAGUGUCUUUAGCUCCUUACAAGCUCCUCCUAUGCCGCUUGUAGAGCGUCAAUCCUACAUUAUUCCCACUAUUGUGGAAGCCUUAAGGGAAACUAUUACUGAACGUGGCAUUACCAAUAAGCAUGUGCUGAUUGGCACUGCAAGUGGAGCGAUUAUUGAAAUGCCAUGGCAUUUAUUAGAUCCAAGGCGUCCCAUUGCAUCUAGCACUCAGGGUCGCGAAGAAGGUGCCAUACCUUAUAUACCCGAGCUGCCUUUGCCAACGGAGAAUCAUAUUAAUUAUAAUCAGACAAUUGCCCGAUUGCGUAAUAUAUAUACCGCACCCAGCGGUCUGGAGAGUACCUGUCUAGUCGUAGCCAGUGGCUUAGAUUUGUUCGUUACCCGAGUGGCGCCCUCAAAGACGUUCGAUUUGUUGAAAGAAGACUUUGACUAUAUACUUAUUUCCAUAGUUCUAGUCGCGCUCACCUCGGGAUCUUUAAUUGUUAAGCAUUUAGCGUCUCGUAAAUUGCUCAAACAAGCAUGGAAAUAGUCGUGGCAUUAUUAUAAAUUAUUAAAUAAUUGCUUUAUAUACACGUAUACAUAAAAAAAAACAACAAAAUAACAAUUUUACUGCGACCAAAUACCACUCGGAUGGACAAAUUGGAGGGGAGAGACAUCAAAUAAUUCUAGUAGCUGCAUUAUAAUUAACAAAAACAAAACAAACCAACAAACAUUAAAACAAAAUCAACUUAAAAUCGUAAUUAAUGCAAUUGAUAAACACAUUUAACUCAACGCUGAGAAUAGGCAAUUAUUUAUAAUUAAUUAGCAUAAAAAAAAACAAAACAAAACAAAAAUUAAUUCUAAUUAGCUGUUGAAAGAAGUUGGAAAUGCAUUUUUUGUUUUUCCGUUUUUUGUUCCUUUUGAAUGUUUGUGUUCCCAAAAACAGUGAAAAAUAUCAGCAUUGAAAAUUGUGUUUAUUCUUUUUUUUGAAACAUUAGCUAAUAAAUUGCAUUUGUAAAGGAGGACAAUGGUAAA